GAAAGUCAAAAUGGCGAACGUCCGAUGAAGGGUUCAGGGUCUCUCGGAUUUGGUUUUACACAGAUAAACUGCGUAGUUUGGGUAUAUGGGUUUCAUAAGAAAGCUACAUAAAUCAUUCGUAUGAACUCUAACGAGGAAAACGAAGAACAGAGCGGAAAUCCGACCGCAAGUAAGGCCCCAUCCACAUUAACAUCCAACAGACCAGAAACUGGUGACGGAAUGAAGCGGGCUUUAGCAAAACAGCUGAUUGAAAAAUACUAUUAUCAGCUGACUGAUGGCUGUGGAAAUGAGGGAUGCGAGAAUAAGUCAUGUGCAUCAUCCUCAGAUUUCACAUAUAGAGAACGUAGUCGGAAUGAACUGGCUGUGCAGGCAGUGGAGAUGUUUAAAGGUAAAGCCACUUUGUGUGAACUACAACCAAGUAAAGUAGCCAAGAUGCCGGAGGAUUGUGAGCCUAGCCCCUGUAGCAGCCGUGAUGUUGCACCUCUCCCUGAGGUUACAUCUGCUACAGCCCUACUUCUACCUGGACCAUCAGCCAGGAUGAAUAGUCUCCAAUUACCUAUGUUAAAAAAGUUAUCACCAAGUAGUAGUUCUUCUACACCUGAGAAAGAAGCCCUGUCACCAGCUGCAGGAGAAACAAAGUUCUUCACCGAAGAAAUACUAGUUCAGCUUAUAGCGGAUUGUAAAGAAAACAACAGCUGGUCAAAGUUAGUGAGAUUGAUUGGUUCUACCUACAACAACACAGACUCACUAUUACUCAGUUUUCGAAAAACCAAAGAAACAUGUGUGCCAAAAGAAAAAGAUGUAGAUAAGGAUACAGAUGAAAAAGAAGAGGAUUCUCUUGCUGGUCAAGAGAAGAUGAUUAUUGAUGAAUCCAAGGAGGAGGAUAUAGAGGAAGAUGAAAUAUCUGUGGACAUUCCUUCAUUACGCAGGGCUUAUGCUGCUCUGAUGGAGAUCCAGGACACUCCAGUGAAGGGUGCACUGAUAAACGCUCUCAUGUCCCUGGCUCGCUCUGUAGAAAUGGACUUAAAACACCACAAGGUCAUGGACAGGAACCCACACUACAUCAAUAUCUUUAUCAUUGUGAUGGAAAUUCCCUUUAUGUCCAGUCCAGAGUUCAUUGAAGGAGCAUUUCCCCAAUUCUGCAAAGCUAUGAGCCAACUGUCACUACAUGGUCAGGCCCGAUUGGCCAAGGUGUGGUCAAGGUUUGGUGCUGAACGUCUCCAUGAGAUGGUGCAGGCCCUGCACCAGCUCAUCACAAUGAGGAUUGUUCAGAGUGAGUCUAGGUGGGGCGGGGGUUACUACAUUAAUGAUGAUGAUGGUAUUACCAGUGCUACCAAAGUCAUGAAAAUACUUUUCUAUGCCAGCAUUUAUGGAAGUGAAAGAGACUUGCCGGAUUCUGUGGAAGAGGAAAAGUCUCAAAACGAAAAGACAUUACAGGAUAUGUUCCAACUUCAAGGUGCAUUCAGCAAUGAGCCCAAGGAAUCUCGGCAACCAAAGGAGGAUUCAUUAGGUCAAGAACUAGGAGUGUCGCCCUUGGAUUCCAGACACCCGUUGGUAGCAUAUGAAGAUUUUGUAAAUGAAAUACUGAACGAGUAUGUAGACUUGGAAAUUGACUACAAAUACAAAUUAGAAAAUGAAUCAAAGUUUUCUUUCAUGAAUCACUGUUUUAUAUUAACAACUGCAUCAAAGCAAAAGUGCAUGAAUUUCGACAACCGAGUGAGAAUGUAUAAUGAGAGAAGGACUUCUAUCCAGCAAACUGUUUUAUUUGGAAUUCCACCUACGCCCUUCCUUCGUCUCAGGGUCAGGAGAGACCACCUCAUUGAUGAUGCUUUAGUUGCUCUGGAGAUGACUGCUAUGGACAAUCCACAGGACUUGAAAAAACAGCUCAUUGUGGAGUUUGAGGGUGAACAAGGUCUGGAUGAAGGAGGAGUGUCCAAGGAAUUCUUUCAGCUCGUCAUAGAGGAGCUUUUUAAUCCUGAUUUUGGGAUGUUUACUCACAACGAAGAUACACACUUCUUUUGGUUCAAUCCUACAUCAUUUGAAAACGACGGUCAAUUCACCCUGAUUGGCAUAAUGCUUGGUCUUGCCAUAUACAACAACACCAUUGUGGAUGUCCAUUUUCCGCCAGUUGUCUACCGAAAACUGAUGGGCAAAAAGGGUGUGUGGGCAGACUUGAAGGACAUUGAUCCUACGAUGGCCAGCAGUCUGAAGCAGAUGCUAGAGUACAAAGAGGACGACUUUGAGGAAGUUUUCCCCCAGUCCUUCUGUAUUGACUAUAAAGAUGUGUUUGGGAGUGCGUUAAGCCACGACUUAAAGGAAAAUGGUGCACACAUCAUGGUCUGCCAAGAAAAUAAGCAGGAAUUUGUUGAUAUGUACACUGACUUCAUCCUGAACAAAGCCAUUGAGAAACAAUUCCAUGCCUUCAAAAGGGGAUUUCACAUGGUGACAAAUGAGAGUCCAUUGAGAAUACUCUUCCUGCCAGAGGAGAUAGAACUGCUGAUCUGUGGUAGUGAACAAUUUGACUUUCACGAACUUGAAGAAGCUACUGACUAUGAUGGGGGAUUCACUGUGGACUCCACAACAGUCAAGAAUUUCUGGGAAGUUGUCCAUAGCUUUUCAGAUGACCAGAAACGAAAGCUGGUCCAGUUCACUACAGGGACAGACCGAGUCCCUGUAGGAGGCCUCUCAAAACUCAAGCUCAUCAUUGCCCGCAAUGGUCCAGACUCGGAUAGGCUGCCCACAGCACACACCUGCUUCAAUGUAUUACUGUUACCAGACUAUUCUUCUAAGGAAAAGCUCAAUGAACGACUACUGAAGGCCAUCAACUACUCUAAGGGAUUUGGAAUGCUGUAAGGACUUAAAUUGCAACUCCAAAGGAAUGUGAUUGCUUCGAAACUUGUGAUGGUUAUUACUGAUGAUGUUUACAGCUCACCCAUAGAAAUUCCUUGUACUGUGUAUUUAAUAUUUGAUAGAAAUUAUUGACAUUUUAACUGCUGAAUGUAGCAGUAUUUAUGUUGGGCAAACCCAUUGUGAUGUGUUUUGUAUGAUUUGUCCAGAGAUCUGUAAUUCUUGUUCAACAGGUUUUAUAUUGGUGUCACCUUUUGAUCAGAUCCCUGUAUAGCCAUACUCGUCCUAGUUGAACUCCAUAUGGACAUUAUCAUUUCCUGCAUAGGUUAACACAAAAUCUGAAAUUUCAUUGUAACUACUUUUCCUAACAUAAUUUUGAUCCCUUAUUUCAGAGAUAAUUGAAUGUUUUUUCUUGCUUUUUAUCAUGCAAAUUAUGUUUUCUUUUCAUUAAGUUUUUAUUUCAUUUCAAAGAUCUUAAUUUUGUUUGUAACUGUUGCUAAAAAAUAAUUAUGGAUUGAAGGGUAAAAAAGUUUUUCAAAGAAAUUUCUCGGUAGAAUCCAGCAAAGAAUGGGGUAGUGAUAAUUAUUUUAUGAGGGUAUUAUAAACUUAAAUACAUCAGAAAUGUGAGACGUUGUGAAUACAAAAUCCAUAAUGUUGUUGUGUUACAUGUAGUUAUCUACUAUAUAGUGCUAAUUCCUCUACUUAGGUUAUUGUUUUUCUGGCUCUCUUCUUCCUGUCUCACCACUAGGAAGGCUUACAACCUGUCAACUCUUGUGGGUAUGGCUUUCUCAUGGUCUUAACUAUAACUGAUUAAAUUGAUCAUAAGAGUAUCGAAAUAAUGGUACUUUUCAAUUGAAGAAAAAUAUCUGUGAUGAAUUUUUAUGAAUAAAUAGUCGUUCUUGGAUCCAGUUUGUUAUAUGUAGGAGUAUUUAUAGAACAGUAGGUAAAUAAUGUUGAUUGUAUUAAAUGGUAACUUUGUAAAACAGAGACCAGGAAUAAACAUGGUAUGUAUUUAUCAAUACAUAAUUAAUAUGUUGUAAAUUACAAUCAGUUUUAUUCAGCAUCGAUCAAAAAUUGAUUUAAAAGAAAUAUUUGUGGAAAUUGUUAUAUUUAUUAUUUAGUCAUUUGAACAUUGUUUAGUGCUAUUAUCAGCUCUAUGUAUAGCCACUGGCCCGCCUAAAGGUAUGUAUAUUUGAUAUGAUAAUCCACUCUAUAUAUAGCUACAGUGGCCCUCCUGAAGGUAUAUAUAUUUAGUGUGAUUAUCCGUUCUAUAUAUAGCUACAGUGGCCCUCCUGA